AUGCCACUGAAUGAAGCAUACACGGACGUAGUAGAGCUAUGUGCGUUGCUGCAAUGCCUUGGAUUCAGCGUCAAAUCCUUGGACACGACCGAUGUCAACCUGAGUCAGGAUGGGGCGGCCAGGACCGUGGUGGUGAACUGUCAGUCGUCAGGCCUCAAUGUGGUCUUGGAGAGUGCCGGCCUGUCGUGCUCUUGUCCAAAUACAAACAGGCAUAAUAGUGGAGUAUGGCAAGUGUCUGGAGUAGCCGGGGGGAAAGAGCUUGACAAGGAAUUUGGCUGCACUCUUCUAGGCUCUUUGCCGAAGUCCCAUCGCGAACGCCUCUCCGCAGAACUUCAGGAGAUGAUCCGCUGCAUCAAGCAGUUCAGCGGAGUGAGUGAUAUGGAGGAAAAGCCGAAGGAGAUCAACAGGUCUGCGAGCAUGAUCGAACUGAGCACCCCUGAGAAAAGAUUAAAUCCAGUUAAAGUAGACACACCAACUCGCUACCGAUCAUUGGACACUCUGACUGCCACCAAAGAGAACCAACAGCCGCUUCCAGCGCCUGGGCCCUUGUUGAGACGCAUCUCUAACGCGUACGCAGAUGAAGAUGUAAAGGACAUCAAAAAGAGUAUGUGUGGGAGACAAAGCACGUACACUGUAUCUUCUACGCCCGGCAGCAUGAGGGCACGAAAUAAAACUUCAAGCCCGAUUCAAACACAUCACACAACCCUGGACAAUUUGAUGGCGGCAGAAAAAGCAGCCGAGGACCUCAAGAACAAAAUAGGACUUAUCAUCAAUCAAUUUAUUGACGAAGGGAGGAAUGACUCCUCAAUCGCUUCUCUUGCGUUGGACGUAUCCAAAAUAUCCGUUUUGAAGGGUGAACCUUCAAAAGCGCAAUUUGCUUCAAGUCCAAACUUAUCAGCGCUUGGUACCGUUAAAGAGGAGUUCCCGAAAUGUCGUUUGAAGCGCUUCGAAAGCGCUUCUACAUCGAACUUGGCUCCCAAGGUGACUCCCAAUAGAGAUGGCAAGUCCAAACUGAGGCGCCUGUCUCCGAAUAUAUUCAAGAAGAAGGAGAGUCCUGGGGUGAAGCCGGGGGUUAAGGGGCCGGAUAGCAAAAGUAAAUUGAAUAGUAUGUUCAGGGCGAAGAUAGCCACGCCUAUCCAGGCAGGACGACCAGAAAACAACAGCCCAAACUUGAGUGCCUCCAAGAAGAAAUUCAGCCACGUAAAGUCUACUAUACCCAGGCCUAUGAAGAAAGAAUAA